CUUAUUUCUAUAUAUUUAUCAUUGAAGUCUUUCCUUAGCUUUUAUUAAUUUUCAUGUACCAUGUAUGUGAAUAUGAAUGUGGGUGUGCUUGUGUCCUUUUGUUGCAAACUGUGUAUAUUGCUUCCAUAUGUUUUGUGGGACUUCAGUCGGUGACUCUGUGUGAUUGGUCCCUGGUGUAGUGUGGCACCUGGGAUUGGAAUGUUUGUGGUUGGUCCUUGGUGAAGUGUGACGCCGUGAAUUGGGAAUGUUUGGGGCUUUGGUCCGUGUUUGGUCUCUGGUUGGAAUGUAAUGUCUAAGUUUGUCCAUUUAGUCAUGAAUCUCUAGGUCUUGAAUCUUUAGCUUCUGUAGUAAGGUUUUGGUACUGUAUUUUCGUUUUCCUUUUGGAUUCAUGUAGACGGAUUGCAAACAAAAUGGUUUCUUUAUUUCAUUUUUUUCUUUUUUAUAGGCGAUUGUAAGUAUAAAGUGAUGCGAAGGCUAGUCUAUUUGAAACCUGCGGCUGCUAUGUUGUAUGUUUACUUCAUUUCUAGCAAUUCUGCUUGAGCAACUUUCAUAUCUGUGAAUUACUUCGAAAAGUACGUCACAUGUCGAACCAUUUUGUCAGAUGUUGAUGGUCUCUUGCCAGUUGCUUCCAGACUAGAACCUCCCCGUCACUGCUAUCUUGAGGCUCUGAUGUAUUUCAUCUUUCAUUACUAUCAUUUCUGAGUUCUGAUCCUCUUUUCAUCGUACUCGAAUAUACCCUUCCCGCUUGUAAAGUUUGUUUGGGUUAAAAAAAUAUAUGAUGGUAAUAGCUCCGUUGAAUUUCCAGCAGGAUAGUUGGUUAGUUAGAGUUUGUCUACUCACGACAAAUCAUAGCUAUAAAAUUUGUUUUCAGGUACACAUUUUGAAUCAAUUUUCUUUUAUUAAAUUUUCCAUUUCCUUUUCGCGUCAAAUCUUCUAUUUGCUAUCCUGUAUGAGUCCUGGUGAGAGCUGGGCAGAGGCCUGCCUAAGGCUCCUUAUUUGGUGUUAAGCUGGUUGGAGGGGGUUAGGAGAUGUUACAGUAUCUAUAUCAUACAUUACAAAUUCAUAAUGUAUGGUUCCCUGUGUUGAUGUGGUUGCAAUCAGUUUGGACAGCAGGAAUGAUCACAUUAAUAAACCCUAAGUUUCCCUUAGAAAAGUUUGUUCUUGUCAGAAAUGCGAUAAUGAUGUGACCAAACCUAUUUAAUAAGAUGUUGCUGCAUCUUCUCUGUAGGCUUUCUCACAUUCCUUUAUUUCUGGAGACACUGGGCUCCCAACAUCCUGAUUUCAAGGGACGCUUAGAUUGUACAGUUUGUUGGUGUACAUCCAGCUUCAUGGCGUUAUGGAUAAGCAAAUAGGUCAUUUUUAUCCAGGGCAUAAGGCUAGAUUCGUAUUAAUGUAACAAAACCAAGCUAUAUUAUUUUCUGUGUCUUACUGAGAAAAAUGUUGAUCUAUCUCAUUCACUUCGUUGUACUAAUUUUGUAGUUGUACCAGACACUAUAUAAACUCAUGUAUGUUAGAAAAAAGCUAAAUACAUCUUCCUGGACAAGCUUUGUUCAAGGAUUAUCAUGUCCUUAAUAUUUGUUAGACUUACAGGAAUGCUUAUUUAGAAGAUGGCUGUACCUAUACUUUGAUCUUUUUAGUUUAUUUCAGAUGUAAAAAUGUGCAGUUUGGCUGAGUUGGUGCAUUGUUUUUCUCUUUAAUAUGAUGAAGUUAAGGAUCAUAUAUGUACAUGCAGCUGAUUUUGUCUUCAGGGCUUCUUUAUGUACAUCUUAUUAGCGCUUGAAAGUACAUCUUUCUGUUUGUCGGAAGUGAUGGCUUAACAGAUUAGUAGCAUGCCGUAUUGCACAAACUUGCAGAUUUUGCUACUUCUCGAUUGCCUUGUAAAAUUCGUUUGCUAAAAAGACGUUACCGUUCUUGUAUGUCUAUUCUAAUUAUUCUUGUGUCACACAAUUCCAGGAAGCGAAGGAUCCCGGUCAUACUACCAAGCCCAAAGAAUGGAGCCAAGGAUGGGACAAGAGAGACAAGGAAGCCAUGAUUCAAGGUCUCAGCCACGUGGUGAAGAAAUGGGUAUUCGGUAUGAGGAGAAUUAUAUGCCACAAAGUUUUGAAGGACUUGAGCAGAAGUUCCUCGAUGAUAUCAUGAAAUUGAGCAAGGAGCAGAAUGAUGCGGAAGAUGCUGAAAAUGCAAGGCAUCGAGAGAGAAUAAAUAUCAUCAAUGUACAAUAUCAAGAACAGCUAGUUGCUCUCAGAGCUCGACAUGCCAAUAGAAGAGAGGAACUACUUCGCCAGGAAUCUCAUUCGCGACAGCAGCAGUACCAGCAGGACCAUCAUCGUCAUCAUCAUUCCAGCAGUGGCCCAAAUGACCCUCGAGGUUACAGUGCAGCUCCCGGUAGAGAACCUCAUAGACCCUAUAGUGCCGAUUCUCAUAAUGAGCGAACACGAUUACCUGGUAGUGGUAGGAACAAUGAAUACGAGCCUAGGGCUCUGUACCACCUAGGAGGAUACAGUGCAGCUCCUGGAAGAGAACCUCAUCGACCCUAUAGCGCCGAUUCCCAUAACGAGCGAACAAGAUUCCCUGGUAGUGGUCGGAGCAAUGAAUUUGAGCACAGGGUUCAGUACCAUGGUGGCCGAGGAUCGCGAUAUUAUUAAUGUGUACUUGUAAUUUUAGAUUUUGCAGUUUAGUUUAUGUAUUUGGGGUGUUUUUUCUUACCUUUACUCAAGAGAAUCAUGAUUUGUUUGUGUUGUAAAAACACUUCCUGUUCUGAAACCAUUUCAUGAACAAAUGGAAAGAGCUUGAAUAAUAACAGCAAGAGUACAAGGAAAACUACCAUAUUCGAACAGAAAACACCACAAAUUGUUACGGUUUCUUAUUCAUCACAAACCCAAUACCAAAAUCAAGAAAUUCUCAAUAAAACAGCAUGGAAGCAAAUCUUCUAAUUCAAGAGGGCUUGCUGAAUUUGCGACCUGUAAUUCGUUCGGCUUCGUAUAUGAUGUGAUUAAUCAGUCCCCUGGCAGCAUCGUCUUUCAAUUUCUGAAUCUUGUCGGGAUCGGUCUCGUGCAUAUUCUUCUUGAACUGAUCCCUCACCAUGCCGACAACGAGUUCCGUGUUGUGUUGCUUGUGGCCGAUGUAUUUAGCUCGUCGCAAGCAUUCCCGAUAAAGCCGGAUGACGUUGUUUGCUAGCUCCGGCGGCAGAGCUGUUUGCAGAGAAGGAGCCAUUCUUUUGAAUCAGUCCUUGGCGAAGACCGCGAUAGCCUAGAGGUGGCGGCGGUGGCGGAGAUUCUCAAAAUGGAGAUGAAAUUUAGAAGAUCGGUGGUGGUGGCCGGCGGCUGAAGGAGAAGAAAAGAACGGAGGAAAUGAAGAAGUCUAUAUAGGUUUUGACUUUUGAGAAGGUUUGUUUCCUUUGGGCUAAAUGUUUAGGCCGCAAUGAAUUGGCGUUACAGGCUUUCGUUUGGACUUACACUUUCCUUCUUUGGACGUUAAUUGGGUUUGAAUUUCAAGAUUGUCAUUUUAGAAUAUCU